AGACAAUCCAAAAAACCAAGAUGUCUGCGCCCACGUAUUGAAAAACAACGUCAAAAAUAAAAAUUAUAUUGUUUGAAUUCGAAGUACAUUUUUGAUAAAAAAAGGCAGAGAAGAACAAGAUGUACACAUUGUUGUCUGGAUUGUGGAAGUACAUGUUUCAGAAGGAGGAGUACAGUGUCCUUAUACUGGGACUUGAUAAUGCUGGAAAAACUACCUACUUGGAGCAUACGAAAAUGAACUUCACCAAAAAGUAUCAGGGGAUGAAUUUGAAUAAAAUUACAACUACUGUUGGCCUUAAUAUUGGUACCAUAGUUGUAGGAGGUGUCAAGUUGAAGUUUUGGGAUCUUGGAGGACAAGAGGAACUACAGUCACUUUGGGACAAGUAUUAUGCAGAAUCUCAUGCUGUCAUCUAUAUCGUUGACUCGUCAGACAAGGAAAGAAUUGAUGAAUCUAAAGAAGCCUUUGAUAAGAUGAUAGUGAAUGAGACUCUGAAAGACGUUCCUCUUCUCUUGUUGGCAAACAAGCAAGAUUUACAGGAUGUGGUUACCGUGGGAGAUAUAAAGUCAGUAUUCAACAGUAGUAGAGAGCUGAUAGGACACAGAGAUUGUAGAGUUAAUGGCGUGUCAGCUUUAAAAGGGGAUGGUAUAAAUGAAGGUAUAGAAUGGAUGGUUGAUUGUAUAAAGAGGAACAGUUUAGUGCGACCUCCUGCACAGAAAGACAUCACAUGACACCUGAUAUAUAAUUCUCAACUUUUAUGCUGUAUAUGUAACUGUGGGGCCACGUUGUGAUAAAAUAUAAAUAUGGGAUUGUUACAGGAUAUGUUAUAGUUUGAGUAGAUGGGGUAAAAUCUUAAGGAACAUGUAAACAUGGGUACAAAGUAUGACAUAUUCAGAUUUUAGUAGUAGAAUCUGUGAUAAUACCUGACUACUUGAUAACUGAUCAGAAGUCUAAUUACUGCAUGUGUAUUUUAGGUGCUAAAAGCACAGUGUAUAUUACGAUGUUGACAUUCAUUGUAUAGUUAUUGUUAUCCACAAAAAUGUUGGUAUUGAAAGUUCUUGCAGAUUACCACGUUUGUAUUGAAGUUGCAAGUCCUUUGGUACAGCUCAAGAUCUGUCUGGCUUGCUUGGUACCUUUGUACUAUCUAAUUUUAAGGUUGCAGGUCAUGACCAGAAAAAAAAUGCAUUCAAGUCUGUGAAUGGCAGUUUCUUAUAGGAAUCAAGUUGGUACUUAUAUGUAUUCAAAAUAGCUAGUUGGUUAAGAAAUAAUACAUCUCAUUUAGUGAUUUUUUGCAGAAUACAUCAUUCUUUGGAGUCCAGAUGCGAAGGAAUUAUAUCACGAGGUCGCAGCCCGAGUGAUAUAAUAAUACGCAUUUGAACUCCAAACAAUGAUUUUAUUCAAGAGCAGAUCACUAGAUGAGAUAUAUUAUUUUGAUUCCAACACGUUACCAAGGGCUUUAAAGUACAUCCUUGACGGCAUUCAUUAAAUAUUGGCACGUUUUCAAUCGGUUUCUUUUGCAGCGUGCAGCUAUGCCGUUUGACGCUAUGACGUAAUAAUUGUGAUGUCAGAAUAAUGAAUUGUUUUAUAAUAACACGCGAUUGUCAGCCUUCUUUGUUUAAUAGUAAAAUGAAUCCGAUCGUGUUAGAAUUAAUGAUAAUAAUGCUCCAAAAAGCACAAAACCCAGAUAUAGUAGCAUUCAUGAGUAAAAAGUAACUAUUAUAAGUACUACCAAGGUGUAUAUUAUUUAGUUUGGGAAAAAAGUGUUCUAAGGUUGUAACAUUUUGUAUUUUCACUUCUUUCAACAAUGAUGAGAUUUUGUAAUACUGUCAAUACUGAAAAAUUAUUAUAUACAAAUUUAACUAGCAGAUAAAUAAAAUUUGGGAAGAGAAAUAUUUUACAUACUGCAUUGAGGUCUUUAAAAAAUGAAAGAAGUACUAAAGAUAUUUAUCUCUUAAUAUGAAAUUAAUGUUAGGAAUUCACAUGCACAAUAUCCCAUUUGUUAAUCUUUUCUGUGUUCUAACAAAUUUCAUUAUGUCUCCCACCACACAGUGGUGUGGGAGACAUAUUGAUUUACUCCAGUCUGUGUGUCUGUCACAAAGCUUGCCCGCACUCUUAAGUCGAACAUUUCUCAUCUGAUCUUCACCAAACUUGAACAAAAUGUGUUUGACCAUAAGACCUCGGCCAAGUUCGAUAACUAGCCAAAUCCGCCAAGACACUUCGGAAUUAUGGCCCUUGAACAUAAUUAUAAACAACCACUGGUGCAGCAUUGUAGACGGUUACUCCCUUCAGCUUCUGUCGAACAGCAUUGUACACCGACACAGCAUUGUAGACCGGAUGAUUAGGCAGUUGUGGGAGACAUGCGCUUUUCUCAAAAGCACUUCUAGUUUAAGUUUACUUACUCAUGAGAGGAUGUCUAGGUUUGAUUUUUUUCUUUUGAAUUGUUUCUUCCUUUUUAUACGCCUGUUUGAAAAAUGGGAAGUGUUAUGGGAAUGCCCCUGGCGGGCAGAGGGGCGGGCGGGAGGGAGGCGUCCACAGACUUUGUCCAGAGCAUAUCUUUUUCAUGCAUGGAGGGAUUUUGAUGAAACUUGGCACAAUUGUUCACCAUUAUGAGACGGAGUGUCAUGCGCAAGAACCUGGUCCCUUAUUCUAAGGUCAAGGUCACAGAGGUCAAAGGUCAAAUUCAAGAAUGGCCUUGUCCAGCGCAUAUCUUCUUCAUGCAUGGCAGGAUUUUGAUGUAGCUUGGCACAAUUGUUCACUAGUAUGAGAUGCAGUGUCAUGCGCAAGAACCAGGUCCCUGGGUCUAAGGUCAAGGUCACACUUUGAGGUCAAGGGAUACAAGAAUGAAAACUUUGUCCGGAGCAUUUCUUCUUCAUGCUUGGAGGGAUUUUGAUAUAACUUGGCACAAAUGUUCACCACCACGAGACGUAGUGUCUUGCGCAAGAACCAGGUCCCUAGGUCUAAGGUCAAGGUCACACUUAGAGGCCAAAGGUCAGAUACAAGAAUGACCUUGUCCGGAGCAUUUCUUCUUCAUGCAUGGAGGGAUUUGGAUGUAACUUGGCACAAUUGUACACCAUCGUGAGACAGAGUGUCAUGCGCAGGUCCCUUUUUUAGAAUUACUUCCCUUUGUUGUUUCUAUAAAUAGCUUAUAUUGUAACUUUUUCAUUACUAGUCGUAGGGAAAAAUCGAGACCACUUUUCUGUGGUACAACAUGCAUGUUACAUCCAAUUUUGAGGUGUAUUUUGACCUAUCACUACCUAGUAAGUAUUUUUGUUUGGACUUGCAAUUUUUUUUUGGAUGUUUUUUUUUUUUUUUUGAAGAUUAACUUCCCUUAGUUGUUACUAUAAAUAACUUACAUUGUAACUUUUUUAUAAUUGACCGUAGGGAAAAACCAAGACCACUUUUCUGUGGUACAACAUAGACGUUACUUUCAAUUUAAGGUAUCUCUACCUGGUAAGGAUUUUUUUGGUGGACUUAGAAAAACAACAGAAUUAUAAUAAUUACUAAAAAAACAUAGUAAACAACCACAAAAUUAAAAUUCCAUUUGCAAAUACAGGUGCUAAUGUAAAGAAAUUUGCUGUGACGGGUGUAUAUUGUGAAAUUCUGGCACUCUUGUUAAAUAUCUGAUUGAUUUAUUUAUACUCGUUUUGUAAGAAAACAUACAGUAUUCUUAAGAAUUCAGGGGCCACAUUUCUUUGGGUUUAGAAUCUUACUGGGUCACAGUCCAGCUGGGUUCUGAAAGAAUGGUAGUUUUAUCCUGGUGUCUGUCUGUGGCUGCAAUAAUGUCCCAAGGGGAAUCCAGGGUCUUCCUGCACCAUUAAAGCUGGAAAUGGCCUGUUUUAUUUUGUUAGAUUUUAGAACACAAAAAAGUAAUAAAUAAUUCAAUGCUGGCAGUGAUAUGGUUGUAAAAAAUACCUCAGUAGUUUUGAAUUUGGCGCUUAUGAUUUAUUAUGGUAUGUUUUGCACAUUAAGAUUCAGUGAUUUUGUAAUGAAAUAUGUUAGAGUGAAUAUGCCAUGUUGAUAUAUACGAUAGAUAAAUAUAGGCACCCCUUUACUAUUUUUUGAUCUAACAGAAAAAUGUCCUAUGUAUCUGGUUAUCUAACAAGUAACUUUAGGCAGAUUUGUUAUUAUUUGCAAGCACAUAUAAUUACUUUGAAAAAUCACUUACUGAUAUGUUGUGGUUGCUUUUUUUUAAAAUAUAAAAUUCAUGUUUUAAAAUUAUUUUUUUUGUUAAUUUGGAGGACUUAAAAAUAUUAUGUCCCUGUAUCUUUAAUAUUUACUAGAAUAUCUUUGAAAUGUAAAAUAAAACAUUUUUGUACUUUUUUUCCAUCAGCUAAAGACAUUGCUGCAUAUCUUAUGAAAUAUAAACUUUUGGUUGGUAAGUGAAAAUAAAGAUACAUUACAUUAAAAAAAACAUUCAAAAUGAAAUAUAUCUGACAUAAAAAUCCUGGAAAACGUUCUUAAUGCACAAUAAAAAAAUGUGUUAUUACUCAUUUCCAUUGUUUGCAGGAUAUAUCAAGAAAAGUUUUUCAGUAGGUUUCCAUUUAUACUUUGUUAGAUUAUUGGGUUGACUUGUGUUUGUGCAAUAUGGCUAUUUAGAUUAAUAAAUUACCUGAAUAUAA